GUGAGGGGACAGGACUGUGAAUUCAGAUACUGUUUUUCUCCCGAAAUAGGUAUUUGGCUCCUAUUUUUUUCCUCCUCGACAGCAUCUUAAUUUGAAAUAUGACACUUGACCUACGGACCUGCAGGGACCGGUUAAGAGGAUGAGAGGCCAAACUCUUUUUGGUGUUUAGGCGCCCCUACUCGGGGCGGUGUGUUGGGAGGGCCCAGGUCAAGGCGCGCGUGGGCGGAAGCGGCGGCGGCGGCGGCGAAGGCGGCGGCUGUCAGAGCUGGAGGGCCGGGCACCGCGGCCAUGGAGGGUCAACGCUGGCUGCCGCUGGAGGCCAAUCCCGAGGUCACCAACCAGUUUCUCAAACAAUUAGGUCUGCAUCCUAACUGGCAAUUCGUCGAUGUAUAUGGAAUGGAUCCUGAACUCCUUAGCAUGGUACCAAGACCAGUCUGCGCAGUAUUACUUCUCUUUCCUAUUACAGAAAAGUAUGAAGUAUUCAGAACAGAAGAGGAAGAAAAAAUAAAAUCUCAGGGACAAGCUGUUACAUCAUCAGUAUAUUUCAUGAAGCAAACGAUCAGCAAUGCCUGUGGAACAAUUGGACUGAUUCAUGCUAUUGCAAACAAUAAAGACAAGAUGCACUUUGAAUCUGGAUCAACCUUGAAAAAAUUCCUGGAGGAAUCUGUAUCAAUGAGCCCUGAAGAACGAGCCAGAUACCUGGAGAACUAUGAUGCCAUCCGAGUUACUCAUGAGACCAGUGCCCAUGAAGGUCAGACUGAGUCCUCCUCGCCAUCCUCAUCACAGCCUCAUUCUAGCCACUGCAGAACGAAGGCCUCAUCAUUGUGUCACCAUGCAUCCCUGCCCUGGGUCAAACGUUACCAUGUAGGCCCUGCAAAGGCUACCAGUCCAUCUCUCCGUCUUCGUCGCUGGCGACCCUUCUUACGCCUACCAUCUUUGGGUCUCCAUUCUGUUGCACCAAAUAUAGAUGAAAAAGUAGAUCUUCAUUUUAUUGCAUUAGUUCAUGUAGAUGGGCAUCUCUAUGAAUUAGAUGGGCGGAAACCAUUUCCAAUUAACCAUGGUGAAACUAGUGAUGAAACUUUAUUAGAGGAUGCCAUAGAAGUUUGCAAGAAGUUUAUGGAGCGUGACCCUGAUGAACUAAGAUUUAAUGCGAUUGCUCUUUCUGCAGCAUAGCUUGUCAAUAAUGGAAACACCAAAUACUGUGUGAUUUGCAACUAAAUUUUCUCUGUCAUACACUAACUCAAACAUUUUGAUAUUUUCCUUAACUUGAUGAUUAAACUUUAUGUGAGUUAAACUUUGCCUUAA